GGCGGGGUCACGUGAUUUUGUAGCAAUAAAAGCAGUUGAGCGCAGUCUACUAACUCACGCUUGAACAACAAUGGGUCGGACCGAGACAGCCUCCUGUGUUUUGUUUUUACUGGCCGUCAUCGUCAAUAAAGGGCUCUCCAGUCCUCUGGCGGGGAAAGAAGCCUGGGACUAUGUGGAAGUGAGAAAUGGAGCCCACAUGUUCUGGUGGCUGUAUUAUGCUGACAGCCAGACUGCACAAUACAAGGAUCUGCCUCUGGUCAUGUGGCUGCAGGGUGGUCCAGGAGGUUCCGGAAGUGGCUUUGGGAACUUUGAGGAGAUUGGACCUUUGGAUCGGGACUUAAAUCCCAGAAAGACAAGCUGGGUACAGGCAGCCAGUCUGUUAUUUGUAGACAACCCUGUGGGCACUGGCUUUAGCUACGCUGAGAGGCCAGAUGGCUAUGCUACCAAUGUGGCCACGGUGGCCUCGGACAUGCUGAUACUGCUCCAACACUUCUUCACCGAGAGGGCUGAGUUUCAGAGCAUUCCCUUCUACAUCUUCUCUGAGUCAUACGGAGGGAAGAUGGCCGCAGCAAUCUCCAUGGAACUCACCAAGGCCAUAGCACAAGGGAAAGUGAAAUGCAACUUUGCUGGUGUGGCACUUGGAGAUUCAUGGAUUUCCCCACUGGACUCUGUAAUGACGUGGGGACCAUACCUCUACACUACUUCGCUGCUGGACGAUAAUGGCCUGAACGAUGUUAGCAGUGCGGCGAAGGCGGUGAAGGAAGCAGUGGAGCAGGAGCAGUUUCAGAAAGCCACUGAACUGUGGUCUGUCACGGAGACGGUGGUGGAGCAGAAUACCAACGGAGUCAACUUCUACAACAUCCUCACACAGCAGCCAGAUGAGAAACUUACCUCUUCAGCAGGAGAGGACUUCAUCUCUCUGCAGGCCCGUCGCCAUAUUCGACCCCUCCACAGCCAAUCACUGAGUGAGCUGAUGAAUGGACCAAUCAGGAAGAAACUGGGCGUCAUCCCCCAGAAUGUAACAUGGGGAGGUCAGGCAGAGUUAGUGUUCAGCUACAUGUCCGGAGACUUCAUGAAGCCGGUGGUGGAUAUAGUCGACCAGCUGCUGAGCGCUGGAGUCAACGUCACCGUCUACAAUGGACAGCUGGAUCUUAUAGUGGACACCAUGGGUCAGGAGAUGUGGGUCAAGCGGCUGAAGUGGGACGGCCUAUCUGGAUUUAACAAUCUGAAGUGGACUGCCCUAGAUGACCCGGUCGCCCCAGGUGUUACCGGAGCUUUCUGCAAGAACUACAAGAAUUUUGCCUUCUAUUGGAUUCUGAAAGCCGGUCACAUGAUUCCCUCAGAUCAAGGACCGAUGGCCUUGCAAAUGAUGAAGAUGAUCACCCAGCAGGUCUGAUGUACCCCCUUGCAAUGCCAGCUGGAAUGGCUCUGACAAUCAUAAUGAUCACACCACUUUGUUUUUUUGUUAUUUACUAUUUCACUUUCUGCUCAACCAAAUCAAAAAUCUCAGUUUUCUGAUACAGCAAUCAACGACAAUAAAGACGAUUUGUGUUUUUGUAA